CGGCGCCGUCGCGGGGUCGCCUUCGCGGGGGAACAAGCGCUCCGGCCGAAGCAGCUCCGGGAUCGGGAAGGGCCCGACGGCGGCUGAGCAGAAAUUCCAGGCCUUUCACUCCACCAUCGGAUAUUGCAGGACUUUAAACCGGCUGAAGUGUUUUGGAGGCAGCUGCUGGGCAAAGGGAGCAUCUGGGCCUGUGGCUUCCCUUCCUUCCUUGGUGGAGGCAGUGGGGUAACCUCUGCCUUCCCCUUGCCCCACUCCUGGCUGGGGAGGAGGGUGAUGGCUCGCUUGAAACAGCUUGGAUUCCUUCUGGCAGUCUCUCUCCAGUCCUGCUUACAGCCCACUUUGUGUCAAGGCACUAACAGCACUCCAGUGGAAACCACAUCCUUUCCUCCCUCUCCUUCAUAUGGCCUUUCGAAGUCGGAGCUGGCGGCAGCCAUCGCUGUGCCGUGUGUUUUUGGGGGCCUCCUGCUGAUCGGCCUCCUGGUUUUUAUGGGACUCAAAAUCCGGGAGAAGCGGCAGACAGAGGGCACUUACCGGCCCAGCAGCGAAGAGCAGGUGGGAUACUCAGCCAAAUCAAAUAUGACAGUUGCUAAAACAUGCAACUCUGAUGCCAGACGUGAAACCACUAUUGCUGUAUGAUUCCCUGGUGGAUCUCCCGGUGGAUCAGGUCCCCCUCCGCAAGCCAACAGGCUCCACUGCUUGCAGAUCCAUCUCCCCAUAAAGCAGUAGCAUUGUACAAAGCCUCAGCAUGGAAAGCUUCCACCCUAGAGGAGGAAUGGUUAGCACCUGUUACAGAGAAGGAAGGGUACCUCUCUCUUCCUUCUCAUUGCGAAGUCAAUCCGCUAUUCUUUCAUCACUGAAAAUCUUCCCCCCUCCCUUUUCCUAGAAUAAACUGAUUUUUUAUAUUGUU